CCACGCCUUUUUCAAAGCUCACCCCUGCCAUUCUCUCUUUCGCAGAGGCAUUUCUCUGUUCUAUCUCGCCGGAAUAUCAAAUUCCGAGCACAUCCCCGGUGAGAGUCUGACACGCCCACUCAUAAUUAUUCAACAUUCUUGCUCUACCGAGAGAAUAAAGAAGCAGAGUUAGAGGAAACGCACUGAAAGCUUUGCAGAGUGUCUCAGAACUCCCCUCUCCUUCACUCUCCGACUCGGGAAGCAGGACUCAGCCAUUUCUCCACCUGUUGUUUGCAGAUAUUCUUCAACUGCUUUUAAUCUGGGAGUUUCAGUUAAUGGGUAGGCCAAAAGAAGAGCGCAUUAAAGGCUUAGCAGAGAGAGUGUUAAUGUUGCCGUGAUAAAUGAUCAGCAGCUAGCUAGCGGCUCUCUGAAGAAAGCGUAAAGCAAAAGAAAUGACCCACAUGCAAAUGAAGAACCCAGAGCAGAAGCAUGUGAUCUCUACUAGGAAGCCUCUGCAGAAUUCCAUGAAUCAACAAACAUCAUCAGAAAUUAUGCCCAGCACUGAAGAAAGCUUGGAAAAUGCAAAAAGGAGUAUAGGGAGGAGAAAGGGAAGGAGAAGGGGGAAAGGAGCCAAAGUGGAGCAGUUGCAGGAUCCAAAGCUUGAUUUAAGUGUUGGUUCUCAUGACUCAAGCAAAGGUCUGGUGUUCCACCGCAGGCCCGGUUAUGGUCAAUUGGGAAGGAAAUGUGUAGUUAAAGCCAACCAUUUCCUAGCGCAAGUGCCAGAUACAGACUUGAGUCAAUAUAGUGUUACCAUAACCCCCGAAGUUGCUUCUCGCAAAAUCAACAAAUCUAUCAUGGCCCAGUUGGUGAAACUUCACAGAGAUACUGACCUAGGGAUGAGGCUCCCUGUUUAUGAUGGUAAACGGGUCCUUUACACUGCUGGACUGCUUCCAUUUGUAUCAAAAGAGUUCACUGUGAAACUGGUUGAAGAGGAUGAGGGGACAGGGAUUACAAAGGAGCGAGAGUUCAAAGUGACAAUCAAGUUUGUAGGUAUCACUAGUAUGGUCCAAUUGCGAGAGUUUCUUGCUGGGAAACAAGUUGAUACUCCCCAUGAAAUAAUUAGGAUCUUUGAUAUUGUGUUAAAUCAACUAGCAGCCCAAAGGUAUGUAUCAGUUGGGAGAUGCUUAUAUUCUCCUGAUAUUAAAAAUCCUCAGCAACUAGGUGGGGGUUUACAAUCAUGGCAAGGCUUCUAUAAGAGUAUAAGGCCAACUCAGAUGGGGUUAUCAUUGAACAUCGAUAUGUCAUCAACUGCAUUCAUUGAACCAUUACCUGUUAUUGACUUUGUGGCUCAACUUUUGGACAAAGAUGUAUUUUCAAGGCCAUUGUCAGAUGCAGACCGUGUCAAGGUUAAGAAAGCUCUUAGAGGUGUUAAAGUUGAAGUUACGCACAGAGGAAAUGUACGAAGGAAAUAUCGGAUUUCAGGACUGACAUCACAACCUACAAGGGAACUAAUUUUCCCAGUUGAUGAGCAAAUGAACAUGAAAUCAGUUGUUGAGUACUUUCAGGAGAUGUAUGGAUUUACCAUUCGAUAUUCUCAUCUACCUUGCCUCCAAGUAGGUAACCAGAGGAAAGUGAAUUACUUACCAAUGGAGGCUUGUAAGAUUAUUGGGGGACAGAGAUAUACCAAAGGGCUGACUGACAAGCAGAUAACUUCCUUGUUAAAAGUAACAUGCCAAAGACCCAGGGAUCGAGAAACAGACAUUUUACAGACCAUUAACCAAAAUGGGUAUGAGAAAGAUCCCUAUGCGAAGGAGUUUGGCAUCACUGUAGAUGAAAAGCUUGCUUCAGUUGAAGCUCGAGUUCUACCUGCACCAUGGCUUAAAUAUCACGAUACCGGAAAAGAAAAAGAAUAUUUGCCGCAAGUUGGUCAAUGGAAUAUGACAAACAAGAAAAUGAUAAAUGGAAGCACUAUCAAUUACUGGGCUUGCAUCAACUUCUCACGAAGUGUUCAGGAGAGUACUGUAAGCGGUUUUUGUCAUCAGCUGGUUCAAAUGUGCAAAGUUUCUGGCAUGGAAUUCAACCAUGAGCCAGUAAUUCCAAUACAUUCAGCUAGACCGGAUCAGGUUAAGAAGGCCUUGAAACAUGUAUAUAGUGCUGCUGCAAACAAACUUGGAGGAAAAGAGUUGGAGUUACUCAUUGCCAUUCUUCCAGACAACAAUGGCUCUUUGUAUGGUGAUUUGAAGCGGAUUUGUGACACAGAUCUGGGGUUGAUUUCUCAGUGCUGUCUUACUAAAAAUGUCUACAAGAUUAGCAACCAGUACCUGGCAAACGUGUCACUUAAAAUCAAUGUUAAGAUGGGUGGAAGAAAUACUGUGCUUUUAGAUGCUUUGAGUUCAGGAAUUCCUUUGGUUAGUGACAUUCCAACAAUCAUAUUUGGAGCCGAUGUAACUCAUCCAGAGACUGGAGAUGACUCUUGUCCAUCAAUUGCUGCUGUAGUAGCCUCCCAAGACUGGCCAGAAGUCACCAAGUAUGCUGGAUUGGUAUGUGCUCAGGCUCAUCGGCAAGAACUUAUUCAAGAUUUGUAUAAAACCUGGAAAGAUCCUCAAGGGGGCACAGUUACUGGAGGCAUGAUCAGAGAGCUUUUACUUUCAUUUAAGGCAGCCACUGGAAAAAAACCAUUGAGGAUAAUAUUUUACAGGGAUGGUGUCAGUGAAGGGCAGUUCUACCAGGUUCUACUAUAUGAACUUGAUGCCAUUCGUAAGGCCUGCGCAUCAUUGGAACCUAGUUACCAACCUCCAGUGACAUUUGUUGUCGUCCAAAAACGGCACCACACUAGACUCUUUGCAAGCAACCACAAUGACAAAAGCAGCACUGAUAGGAGUGGGAACAUCUUACCUGGUACUGUGGUCGAUUCGAAGAUCUGCCAUCCCAGUGAGUUUGACUUUUAUCUAUGCAGUCAUGCAGGAAUCCAGGGGACCAGCCGACCCGCUCAUUAUCAUGUUCUCUGGGAUGAGAACAACUUUACAGCAGAUGAGAUCCAAUCUUUGACGAACAACCUCUGUUACACGUAUGCAAGGUGCACUCGGUCUGUUUCUCUAGUUCCUCCUGCGUAUUAUGCUCAUCUGGCAGCCUACAGAGCUCGAUUCUACAUGGAACCUGAUAAGCCUGAGAAUGCAAUACCAAAUUGCAUGCGCACAUCAAAUGAAUCACGCGUCCGGCCCCUGCCAGCAUUGAAUGAGAAGGUGAAGAAUGUGAUGUUCUACUGUUAGAGAAAAAGAAAAUAGGCACUGGGAAGGGACCAAAGAAGAAAUGCAAAGACAUAUCUGUACAUGAGUGUUGUGUUUAUAUGUGAGUGGUGAACCACCGAUUUUUUUGAAAGCAAGCUUAUCCAACAAGUUUUGUCACAGUGUGGAAUAUGUAAUGGAAGGAUUUUGAAAUCUAGUAUAUUUAAUCUUGUGAAGAAGGUUCUUUGUUUCAA